AUGGCCGCGCAGGUCGCCCCCGCCGCCGCCAGCGGCCUGGGCAACCCGCCGCCGCCGCCCUCGGAGCUGAAGAAACCGGAGCAGCAGCAGCAGCAGCAGCGAGAGGAGGCGGCGGGAGAAACGGAGCAGCAGCAGCGCGGGGAGAUGAAGGCGGCGGAGAGCGAGGGCCCCGCGGCGGGAGCGCCCCAGCCGCCCGGGAAGGACCUGCCCGACGGGGCCGAGAGCAACGGGGGCGGCGGCGCGGGACCGGCCGCGGCGGCGUCGACGGGCGGCGGGCCCGGCGCCGAGCCGGACCUGAAGAACUCCAACGGGAACGCGGGGCCCAGGCCCGCCCUGAACAAUAACCUCCCGGAGCCGGGCGGCGACGGGGCGGCCCCUCCGCCGCAGCCGCCUCCGCAGCCGCCUCCGCCGCCGCCGCCGCCGCCGCACCCGGCCGCCGCUCUGCCGCCCCCCGCCUACGGGUUCGGGCCGCCCUACGGCCGGGGCCCGGUGUCGGUGUCGGUGGCGGCCGCCGCCGCCGCCGCCGCCGCCGCUGCCUUCCACCAACAUGGCGGACAACAAAGCCCUGGGCUGGCGGCGCUGCAGAGCGGCGGCGGGGGCGGCGGCGGGGGCGGCGGGGGCCUGGACCCGUACGCCGGGCCCCAGCACAACUCGCACGGCGACCACGGCUUCGCCAACCACCAGUACAACUCCUACUACCCCAACCGCACCGCUUACCCCGCGCAGGCCUACGCGCUCGGCUCCCCGAGACCGGCGGCGGCGGGAGCAGCGGGAGGAGGGACCGGCCCCGGGACGCCGGCCCCGGCCGCCGCCUCCAAGCCGCCCCCCGCCAACGCUUCGACCCCCGCGGCCGCCCCGGCCUUCCCCCAGCAGCAGCAGCAGCCUCAGCAGCAGCCUCAGCAGCAGCAGCAGCAGCGGUUCGGGGCCCUGGGGGGUCCGGCCGGGCCCGGGCCCACCCCGCAGCCCACCGCCACCCCCACCCUCAACCAGCUGCUCACGUCGCCCAGCUCGGCCCGGGGCUACCAGGCCUACGGCGGGGCCGACUACGGCGCGGGGCCCCAGGACGGGCCCGCCGGCAAGGGCCCCGCCGACUUGGGGUCGCAGUACGUCGGGGGCGGCGGCGGCCAGGGCUGGGCGGCCGCCGUGGCCACCGGAGGGGCCCAACAAAGGAGCCACCACGCGCCCAUGAGCCCCGGGACCGGCGGCGGGGGAGGAGGAGGAGGAGCGGCGGCGGCGGCGGCCGGGGGGCAGUCCCUCUCCAGGACCCCACAGCCCUCCAGCCCGAUGGACCAGAUGGGCAAGAUGAGGCCACAGCCCUACGGCGGGAGUAACCCGUAUUCACAGCAGCAGCCGCAGCAGGGGCCCCCCCAGGGCGGGGCCCAGCAGGGACACGGCUACCCCGGUCAGCCCUACGGCACCCAGGCGCCCCAGCGCUACCCGAUGACCAUGCAGGGACGGGCCCAGAGCGCCAUGGGCGGCCUCUCGUACGCCCAGCAGCUGCAGCCGUACACCCAGCAGGGCCCCGGCGGGUACGGCCAGCAGGGCCAGGCGCCGUACUAUAACCAGCAGAGCCCGCACCCGCAGCAGCCGCCGCAGCCGUAUUCUCAGCCGCCGCCGCCGCCGUCCCAGCCUCCUUACCAGCCGCCGUCGCAGUCCCAGCCGCCGCAGCUGCAGUCCUCGCAGCCGCCGUACGGCCAGCAGCAGCCGCCCCAGCCUCCCCAGCCGCCCCAUCAGCAGUCCCCGUCCCCCUACCCGCCGCCGCAGGCCGCCGCGCAGCAGCACCCUCAACAGGGCCAGCCCUCCUACUCGCAGCCACCGCAGCAGCAGCAGCAGGCCCAGUCCCCCUACCAGCAGCCGCAACAAGCGGCCGCCGCGGCGCUGGCGCAGCAGUCCGGGUACCCGGCGGCACAGGCGCAGCAGCCCCAGCCCCAGCCAUCCGCCUACUCCCAGCAGCGCUUCCCUCCUCCGCAGGAGCUGUCUCAGGACUCCUUUGGCUCCCAGGCGUCCUCUGCCCCUUCCAUGGCUUCCAGUAAAGGAGGGCAAGACGACAUGAGCCUCAGUCUCCAGUCGAGACCCUCCAGCCUGCCGGACCUGUCCGGCUCCCUGGACGACCUCGCCAUGGGGACGGAGGGCGCCCUGAGCCCCGGCGUGAGCACGUCGGGCAUCUCUAGCAGCCAGGGGGAGCAGAGCAACCCGGCGCAGUCCCCGUUCUCCCCUCACACCUCGCCCCACCUGCCCGGCAUCCGCGGCCCCUCGCCCUCCCCCGUGGGCUCCCCCGCCAGCGUCGCCCAGCCUCGCUCAGGACCCCUCUCGCCGGCCGCGGUGCCAGGUAGCCAGAUGCCCCCCCGCCCGCCCAGCGGCCAGUCCGACAGCAUCAUGCAUUCGGCCGUGAACCAGCCGACCAUCUCCCAGGACCGAGGUUACAUGCAGCGGAACCCCCAGAUCCCCCAGUACGGCUCGCCCCAGGCCGGCUCCGCCUUAUCUCCGCGCCAGUCUUCGGCCGGGCAGAUGCACACCGCCAUGGGCUCCUAUCAGCAGAACUCCGUGGGUGGCUACGGACCCCAGGGCGGCGGUGGCCAGUACGGGCCUCAAGGAGGCUACCCCAGACAGCCAAACUACAGUGCCAUGCCCAACGCCAACUACUCGAGCGCAGGAAUGGGGGGCGGCCUGAACCCCAUGGGGGCCGGGAGCCAGAUGCACGGGCAGGCGGCGGUGCCCCCCUACAGCGGGAUGCCCCCCGGGAGGAUGGGCCACGCCGCCAUGGGCAGCCGGCCCUACGGCCCCAACAUGGCCAACAUGGCCAACAUGGCCAACCUGCCGCCUCAGGUCGGGACCGGGAUGUGCCCCCCGCCGGGGGGCCUGAACCGGAAAGCACAAGACGCCGCCGCGGCCGCCGCCGCAGCCAUGCAUGCUGCCGCCAACUCCAUCCCCAACCGGCCCCCGGGCUACCCCAACAUGAACCAGGGGGGCAUGAUGGCCUCGGGGCCUCCUUACGGGCAAGGCAUCAACAGCAUGGCCGGCAUGAUCAACCCGCAGGGCGCCCCCUACCCCAUGGGCGGGAACAUGGCCAACAAUUCAGGGAUGGCGGGGAGUCCGGAGAUGAUGGGCCUCGGGGACGUCAAACUCACGCCGGCCACCAAGAUGAACAACAAGGCUGACGGGACCCCCAAAACCGAGUCCAAAUCCAAGAAGUCCAGCUCUUCCACCACCACUAACGAGAAGAUCACCAAGCUGUACGAGCUGGGCAGCGAGCCGGAGAGGAAGAUCUGGGUGGACCGCUACCUGGCCUUCACCGAAGAGAAGGCCAUGGGCAUGACCAACCUGCCCGCCGUGGGCCGCAAGCCACUGGACCUGUACCGCCUCUACGUGUCGGUGAAGGAGAUCGGCGGCUUGACGCAGGUCAACAAGAACAAGAAAUGGCGGGAGCUGGCCACCAACCUGAACGUGGGUACCUCAAGCAGCGCCGCCAGUUCCCUGAAGAAGCAGUACAUCCAGUGUCUGUACGCCUUCGAGUGCAAGGUUGAACGCGGGGAGGACCCGCCCCCUGACAUCUUCGCUGCUGCCGACUCCAAAAAGGCCCAGCCCAAGGUCCAGCCCCCGUCGCCAGCCGGUUCCGGCUCCAUGCAAGGGCCCCAGACGCCCCAGUCCACCAGCAGCUCCAUGGCCGAAGGGGGAGACCUGAAACCCCCGACGCCGGCGUCGACGCCGCACAGUCAGAUGCCGCCCUUGCCCGGCAUCAGGAGCAACUCGGUCGGGCUCCAGGACGCAUUCGCGGACGGGGGAGGCGAUCCCGCGGCGUUCCCCAAGCGGAACUCCAUGACGCCGAACCCCGGGUACCAGGCGGGCAUGAACGCCUCCGAACUGAUGGGCCGCGUGACCUACGAGCCCAGCAAGGACCCGUACGGCGGCAUGAGGAAAGCUCCGGGGAGCGAUCCCUUCAUGUCGGCGGGGCAGGGCCCCAACAGCGGGAUGGGGGACCCUUACAGCCGGCCGGCCGGCCCCGGCAUGGGCAACAUGGCCAUGGCUCAGCGCCAGCACUACCCCUACGGGGGUCCUUACGACCGAGUGAGGACAGAGCCCGGCAUGGGCCCCGAGGGGAGCAUGGGGCCCGGAGCCCCGCAGCCGAGCCUGAUGCCUUCGGCCCCGGACUCGGGGAUGUACUCUCCCAGCCGCUACCCCCCCCAGCAGCAGCAGCAGCCUCCGCAGCAGCCGCCGCAGCAACGACACGAUUCCUAUGGCAAUCAGUUCUCCACCCAGGGCACCCCCUCUGGCAGCCCCUUCCCCAGCCAGCAAACCACCAUGUACCAGGCACAGCAGCAGAACUACAAACGGCCCAUGGACGGAGCCUACGGCCCCCCGGCCAAACGGCACGAGGGGGAGAUGUACAACGUGCCGUACGGCGGCGGGCAGGGGCAGCCGCCCCCCCAGGCUCCCCAGCUGCCCCCGGCCCCCAGCCAGCAAGCCAGCCAGCCCCCGGCCGCCCAGCCCUCCCCGCAGCAGGAUCUGUACAACCAGUACGGGACGGCGUACCCCCCGCCGGAGCGCCGGCCGGCGGGCGGUCCCCAGAACCAGUUCCCAUUCCAGUUCGGCCGGGACCGGGUCUCGGCGCCCGCCGGGGCCGGCGCCCAGCAGAGCCUGGCGCCGCAGAUGCUGGGGGCGCCGAUGGCCUCGGCCCCCGACGGCCCGCAACAGGGCGCCAUGUGGCAGGGGCGGGGCGAGCUGGGCUACAACUACUCGAAUCGGCCGGCCGCGGGCGCCGCCCCGCCGGGGGCCGCCGCCGCCGCCGCCGCCUACCACGGCGUGAGCCGGACGGACGAGCUGGGUCACGCGGACCAGAGGGUGAACCACGAGGGCCCCUGGGCGCCCCACGGGAGCCGGCAGCCCCCUUACGGCCCCUCGGCCCCCGUGCCCCCCAUGGCGAGGCCCCCGCAGUCCAGCUACCCGCCGCAGACCCACAUUCCUCAGGGAUCCAGCCCCGCCCCCCUGCCGCGGGCCCUGGAGAGCCGCACCUCCCCCAGCAAGUCCCCGUUUCUGCACUCCGGCAUGAAGAUGCAGAAGGCGGGGCCCCCCGUGCCCGCCUCCCAUAUAGCCCCGCCCCCCACCCAGCCCCCCAUGGUCCGCCGGGACAUCACCUUCCCGCCCGGCUCGGUGGAGGCCACGCAGCCGGUGCUCAAGCCCAGGCGGCGGCUCACGACGAAGGAUAUCGGAACCCCAGAGGCCUGGCGGGUGAUGAUGUCUCUAAAGUCGGGGCUGCUGGCUGAGAGCACGUGGGCCUUAGACACCAUCAACAUCCUGCUGUACGACGACAACAGCAUCAUGACCUUCAACCUCAGCCAGCUGCCGGGGUUGUUAGAGCUCCUGGUGGAAUACUUCCGGCGCUGUCUCAUCGAGAUCUUCGGCAUCCUGAGGGAGUACGAGGUGGGAGACCCGGGCCAGAGAAGGCUACUGGAGCCCGAGCGGUUCAGCAAGGCCUCGAGUCCCGCCUCCCCCUCCGCGGAGGGGACGGCGGAGGCCCGGGAGGAAGAGGACGAGGCGGAGGAAGAAGAGAACGAGGAGGAGCCGGAGGAAGGCCGGGAGCGGGAGGCGGAGGGGCCCAGCCCCAAGCCGGCGGAGGAGGGGGAGGCGGGCGAGGGCCCGCCGGAGGGCCGCGAGGACAAGUUGGCCAGCAAGUUCGACAAGCUGCCGGUCAAGGUGGUGCCCAAGAGCGACCCGUUCGUGGUGGACUGCUCGGACCGGCUGGGCCGGGUGCAGGAGUUCGACAGCGGGCUGCUGCACUGGCGCAUCGGGGGCGGCGACACCACGGAGCACAUCCAGACCCACUUCGAGAGCAAGACGGAGCCGGGCCCCCCGCGGGCGCCCUGCCCGGCCGCCGCCUCCAGGAAGCGCGCGCCGGCCGCCCCGGGCAGCCCGGCGGCGGCGGCCCCGGCGGCCGGGGGCGAGGGCGAGGGCGAGGGCGGCCCCCCCCGCGGCGAGAAGCGGGUCACGGCCACCAUGGACGACGUGCUGUCGGCCCGGGCCGGGGCGCUGGCCGAGGAGGCUGGGGGCGGGGGGCCGGCCGCGGCCGCCCCCGCCGCCGCCGCCAAGUUCCCGUUGGGCGGGGGGCCGGCGCCGGGCCGCCGGCACCUGAAGAUCCUGGAGGACGAGCCGCGCAGCAAGGACGAGACGCCGCUGUGCGCCCUCCUGGACUGGCAGGACGCCCUGGCCAAGCGGUGCGUGGGGGUGUCCAACACGAUCCGCAGCCUGUCCUUCGUGCCGGGCAACGACCUGGAGAUGUCGAAGCACCCGGGCCUGCUGCUGGUCCUGAGCCGCCUGAUCCUCCUGCACCACACGCACCCCGAGCGCAAGCAGGCGCCCCUGACCUACGAGAAGGAGGAGGAGCAGGACCAGGGCGUGAGCUGCAACAAGGUGGAGUGGUGGUGGGACUGCCUGGAGGCCCUGCGCGAGAACACCCUGGUGACCCUGGCCAACAUCUCGGGCCAGCUGGACCUGUCCCCCUACCCCGAGAGCAUCUGCCUGCCGGUCCUGGACGGGCUCCUGCACUGGGCCGUGUGCCCCUCGGCCGAGGCCCAGGACCCCUUCCCCACGCUGGGCCCCCACGCGGUGCUCUCGCCGCAGAGACUGGUCCUGGAGGCCCUGAGCAAGCUCAGCAUCCAGGACAACAACGUGGACCUCAUCCUGGCCACGCCGCCCUUCAGCCGGCUGGAGAAGCUCUACGGCGCCAUGGUGCGCUUCCUGGGCGACCGCAAGAACCCCGUGUGCCGCGAGAUGGCCGUGGUGCUGCUGGCCAACCUGGCCCAGGGCGACAGCCUGGCGGCCCGCGCCAUCGCCGUCCAGAAGGGCAGCAUCGGCAACCUGCUGGGCUUCCUGGAGGACAGCCUGGCGGCCACGCAGUUCCAACAGAGCCAGGCCGGCCUGGGGCACGUGGCCGGCCCGCCCUUCGAGCCCACCAGCGUGGACAUGAUGCGCCGGGCGGCCCGGGCGCUGCUGGCGCUGGCCAAGGUGGACGAGAACCACCCGGAGUUCACGCUCUACGAGGCGCGGCUGCUCGACAUCUCCGUCUCGCCCCUGAUGAACUCGCUGGUCUCGCAGGUCAUCUGCGACGUACUGUUCCUCAUCGGCCGGUCAUGACGGCCGGGGACGCCCACGGCCCGGCCGGGGGCCCCCCCGCGCCUCCCCGCGCCCCGGCCUGCCGCGUGCCUGCCUCCCUGCGUGCCCGCCCCUGGUCGGGCGCGACUCGGAGGAGACUGACUGACUGUUGCCCUUUUAUUUAUGCAAAACCACCUCAGAAUCCAGCCGCUCCCCCCUGCCCUCCCGCCCCCCGCCCGACCCUGCUUCUCCCCCCUCCCGGGAAAGGUACCUCCCUCGGUGCGUCUCUCCCUCUCCUCCCCCGGCCCCUCCGGUCCCAUCCCUCCCCCUCCUCGACUCCCUCCCCACCCGGACCCCCUUGGAGGAGCUCCGCCUACCUACGAGAUUCCUCCUCCUCCUCCUCCUCCUUCUUCU